AUGGCGGAGUAUAAGGCUAGUAAAUGUUCAUUAGGACCAGUGAGAAAAUAUGUGAAGACUCGCGUUUGCAGUAACUCCUACGUAUUUAAAUGGGAGAUAGAAAAUUUUUCUUUAUUGGAUUUAGUCUUGAAAAGCGAUGAGUUCAGCCCUUUCCCAGAGUGCUUUCUCUACUGCGAGAUGGACCCGAAAACAUUCCAGGUUACAUUCUUCGUGCAUUCUGCUGAGAAAAGAUCGCUGACAUGCCAUGUAACAGUUUGUGACAACAAGGGAAAAAUUCUCCUAUGCAAAACUGGCUCUUAUACGCAUGAGAAAGUGGACUACGAUUAUGUUAAGAUGCCAGACGAGAUCGCCAGAGCUUUAAUAGAGGCUCAAACACAUCCAGUGGUAAUCAGCGAGUAUGUUGAAGAAUUAAAAGAUCUAAAAUGUUUGCCAAAUGAUGUAUUGGUAAUCAUUUGCCGCAUAUAUGAUGAUUCCCCUCUCGUGAUUCACCAACAGCAAAUUUCAGAGAGAGAAGUCUCAACACCUUUAGACUACUUGAAAAGAUUGGCGACCGACUUGGCAGAUUUAUCUUUGCCGUCGUCAAAAGAAAAGAUAGAUCUUUGUGUUGGAUAUGAAAGUGAAGCGGUCAAUAAAAGCGUCCUCAGUGCAAAAUCGCCAGUUUUCAAAAAGAUGCUUCAAAAUUUACAACCAGAAAAGCACGAGAAUUCUCUUGUCAUAGCAGACGUCGAGAUAUCUGUCGUGAGGAGUCUCGUUAAGUUCGUGAACAGUGGAAUUAUUCCAGAAUGCGAUGCUGAUCAUCUGUGUGAAUUAUACACUGCAGCAGUUAAGUAUGAAUUGCCAGAACUUGGUGAUGCCUGUAGUGAUCUGUUAAUGUCUAAACUCAGUGUUGAGAACGUCUGCCAAAUUUUAUUUCUGUCUGGUACUUACAGCGAUGAAGAUCUGAAGACGCAUGCGAUAAAUUUUUUGAGAGAUAAUUUGGAGACGGUUCUCGAAUCUGAUGAGUGGCAAUUUCUGAUGCGCGAGGAGCCGAAAACUGCUCUUGAAGCCAUUACAAUGAUAUAA